GCGUUACAGAGAAUUCCCUCACAUUUUCGCUUUUCUUCAAAGGUCAACCCGAGAUUACUGCAGCAGUCUUUGGUCAAGUCAAGCGGACCCGAGGCACUGCGGCUAUGGCGAUGUCAUGCAGAGAAAUUCGAUGCUGUCAACAUCAUUACUGUUAUUCGCUGCAUGGUGUUGCGCUCGCCCGGCACAGCGGGCAGCCACAUCGCGGAUUGGCGCUGCCUGCUGAAUGAGGCUCGGACCACCGUGAAGACACUGUGCCCGAAGGACAUCUCUGCCCUUGCCUGGGUGCUAGGCAGGGCCGACUUGGGAGUCGUCCCGGAAGAGGAGCAGCAACUUCUCACGGCUCUUGUGAAUGCCAGCUCUGUGCAAAUGCCUGCGUUCACAAACAAAGAUCUCGGUAUAAUCGCUUGGGCGAUCGCGAAGCUUGAAGCAUGUGAUGCUUCGGAUCCGUUCGUGGCUCUCUUGGCAACCGAGACUGCCGGUCGAUGCGAGCAGUUGAGCGGCAAAGAGGCUGUGAACCUGGCCUGGGCAUUGGCCAAGAUGAAGGUCAACGAGCCGUUGCUCAUGGAAAGCUUGGCGCACCGAACGGCUACAAAGCUCAGGUGCCUCAACAGGCAGGACGCUGCAAAUGCGGCCUGGGCUUUUGCCAAGGCUGAGACUCAUCACGGACCUUUGCUUCGUGGACUAUCGGACAUGUUCCUGGCAAACCCUGGCGAGUUCCAACCUCAGGAGCUGGCCAGCCUGUCGUGGGCCUAUGCACGGCUCGAUGCAGGGGAAGAGCACGAGGCGCUGCUUGCUGCCUUUGCUGACGUUUGUCUGCGGAACGUCUCGUGCUUCAACGGGCCUGGCCUGGCACGUGUGGCCUGGGCUUUUGCCACACUGGGCCGGACAGAGAGUGUUCUCUUUACAGCUUUGGCUGAAAACGCGCUUCCAUGGCUGCCCACGCUGGAUGGGCCGAACCUCUCGAAGUUGGCAUGGGCCUUUGCGAAAGCGGACCUCGAGGAGCAGACUGGUUUCAUGCUGACGCUUGCGAACCAGGUAGAGCAGAACGUUCUCAGCCUGAAUGCUCGUGACGUAGCGAUGUUGGCCUGGGCAUUGGCCAAGGUGGAUGCAGCACCGCCGCAGCUUAUGCUGAAGUUGGCCCAGCAUGCAGUUCCUCUGGUGCCUCAUUUGUCGCCUCAGGGUCUUGCCACUUCAGCCGCUGCGUUCACUGCGGUUUCGGUGUGUCCGGAGCGCCUGCGCCGAGCACUUGUGCAGGGCGCCUGGGAGCAUCUCUCAUCGUUCUCCGCGCAAGAGCUUGUAGAUCUGCAGUGGGCAAUGGCAGCGCAACCUCUGCGCGAGAGGUCCCUGGAAGAUGCCAUCUCGCGAGCACCUGGUUGGUCCCUGCGCCCUCCUUACGAGCAUUUUGUUCAAGCCGGCAGUUUCCCAGAUUGCUUCAAGCACGUGGUUCUCGUGCUGCUCUUGCAAGAUAUGCUGAGCACUGAGUCUCCCAUCGUUUAUGUGGACACACAUGCUGGUGCCGGCAUGUACGAUUUGGAUACGCAGAAGGGAACGCACGGCUACGUUCGCAGUGCGGAGGGUGUUGAUCGCCUUGUCAAAUCUGCAAGCGCGUGGACGAAGCCGAUACCUGCACCAAUACGGACCUAUCUUGACAUGGUGGAAUCCUGCCAGAGUGCAAGACUCACUCCAGAGUCAGGCGUCUACCCGGGCUCGCCGGCCCUGGCUGCGAAGAUGCUGUCUGCGGGCCCGGUGGGCUCCAGAGCUAUGCUUGUCGAGGCAACCGAGUCUGUGCAUACCGCACUCUGUAAAAGCAUGGCCGCCUUCACCCAGGUUUUGCAUGUGGACAUUCUGCACGAAGAUGCCUACAGGGGUCUUCCGAAGAUUCUUGAACGAACGCCCGAGCCGGAAAGGGCCCUGGUUCUCAUCGAUCCUCCCUACGACUUGUGCUUCACCGACAACUUCAACUUCCGAUUGCUGCGACAACUUCAGGAACAUUGGCCGGCAGCCUCUGUUGUGGUAUGGUAUCCAAUGCGUGACAAGAUGAGAGCUCAGAGGGUCUAUCGAAGGGUGAAGUCUAUUUCGCUUGGGCCGGUCUUGGCAUGUGAGAUGGAAAUCUGCCGCACUGCGUGCCCUGGAAGUUCCAUUAGGACAGGUGUUCUCAUCCUGCGACCUGCUGCGGGAAUCCAGGAGCAGUUUGAGAGCGUCCUGCCGGAGCUUGCAGACAUGAUGGCUCCUUCAUCAGAGGUCGCCAGAAGCUGCGAUGUUUUUUGGAUCUGA